AUGAGAAAUAAAGAGAAAGGAAAAAGAAUUGCCGUGAGAUUAGUGGUACUAUUGCCCUCCAAAAUUGAAGCUGCUGCUCAGAUGGAUGAAACCUUGAUAUCUGCCUACUGUCCAAACCUCAAUGAUAACCAAGACAAGGAUCUUAUAUCUAGGAUGAUUGAAGAAGAUGCUGAUGGAACUGAAGAUUCUGCUGGGGAAGGCUCCCAAGGUGAUGGGGUAGAUAGUCCAGUCACAGCAACUAACAAGAUUAAGUCAACUGAAGAGUCUGAAAAUGUGAAAAGAUGCCUGCUGGACCAAUUCUCUUCAUCAAAGAAUCUUAAGAAAUCUAAAAAUGCCCAUGUGAAACAAAUUUUACCAGUCAUUCCAAAGGGUACCAGACAGGAUAUAGUUCGAGCGAGCAUUAGCUCAUCAUAUCUCUGGAAAUCCUGUAAAGUUUUAAGGCUUACUAAGAAUCUACGAUUGAGAAGUGUUCAAUCAGAAAACGAGGGUAAGGAGAUCGAGGAAUUUGCAAAAUGGAUAGCUAAUAUAGGUGACAGAGUAAUUGGUAGUCAAUGUGAUGGUGAGUCCGAGAUUACUGUUCCAGAACAUUUGUUGUUGAAGUGCGAGGAUGACCCUAUUGCUACAAUUGUUGAUAGCACAUUCCCUAAUUUUAGACUGGGAAUUGGCGAUUUGUCAUAUCUUAAUGAUAGUGCAAUUUAG